UCUGGUAGGACGUAGAGGAGGAAGGAAAGUCACUACGCUCUAUACGUGCACCGAUGUGACGUCGGAAGAUGUUUCUGCUCAUGCUCGCAAGGACAGGAGGAGAUCAGAACAGACUGCAGCUGAUAGAUGUGUUGUAGUGAUGUAAUGUUGCCUGUUUGGUGACUACGGAUGGCUGUUUGUGCCAGGCUCUGCGGAGUGGGUCAGUCGCGAAGGUGCCGGAGGCGACAGCGGCAUAAUCAGCAGGAUCAGGGCAGCGAUUCCGACAUGGACGAGGAAGAAGGGGAGCGGAUCGUGGGCAAGAGGCAAGGCGACGUCUGCGGCGGCGGAGGCCCGGAGAGUGGCGUCGCCACUGCAGGGCCGAGUGACGCUUGUGAAUAUGGCAGCGGUCAUCAUGUCAACAGAGGAGGCUCGCUGAACCGCACGAGCACGGGACCUCCGCACCCGCAAACCUUAGCGGAACUACCCCCGGAGCUUUUAGUAGAAAUAUUCUCCUUGCUCCCCGGAACAGCGCUACCAAAUGUGGCCCUCAUCUGCAAGAAAUUCAGACAAAUCCUCAGUACUGAAACCAUCUGGAGAAGGCGGUGCAUUGAAGAGUUUGGUAUGAAGGAGGAUCUGAGGAAGAUGGAAGUGGGAGGUGUAUCUAGCCGAGAGCUCUAUGUUAAACGUGUCAACCCACGGGUGAAGUCUGGGCGCUUUGUGAAGCUCCUCCCUGACUACAAGCACAUGGACUAUAGAGAUGUGUACACACACUUGCUUCACCCAUACAGACAUAUUUUGGGUUUAUGGCAGCCUGAUAUAGGCCCUUAUGGCGGAUUGCUCAAUGUUGUGGUGGAUGGGUUAUUCAUCAUUGGCUGGAUGUAUUUGCCACCUCAUGACCCCCGUGUGGAGGAUCCAAUGAGAAGACGGCCGCUCUUCCGUAUCCACAUGUGGGAGACCAAAAAGGCCUCUGUGGAGUGUAUGUACGGACACAAGGGCCCCCACAAAGGAGACAUACAGACCGUCAAGAAGGAUGAAUUUUCAACUAAAUGUAACCAGACGGAUCAUCACCGCAUGCCAGGAGGCAGACAGGAGGAGUUCAGGACAUGGCUGGAGGAAGAAUGGGGUCGGACACUGGAAGAAAUCUUCCAUGAGCACAUGCAGGAACUCAUCCUGAUGAAGUUCAUUUAUACCAGUCAAUAUGAUAACUGCUUGACAUACCGGAGGAUCUAUCUUCCUCCUACAUUGCCCUCGGACCUGCUGCAGCCAGGCCUCUUUAAAGGCACCUAUGGCAGUCACGGCUUGGAGAUUGUCAUGCUCAGUUUCCACGGGACGUCUGCAAGAGCCACCAAGCUCACUGGAGACCCCAACGUUCCUGCAGGGCAACUCACUUUGGAUGUUGACCUGAGCCGGCCCGUGGUCCUCCCAGACUUGGAGCACCAGCGCAAAAUAGAGGAACUGUCUCGGCUUGUACUGGGGGUACACGAGGAAGUGCAGAGGGAAGUUGAACAACGGGCUAAGGACAGCUCUGCCACAGUCAAUGGUGCAGCAGAGGGGGCCUGUGGUGGUGCCAGCGGAGCGGAAGGGAUGGACAUAGACCAUGGUGCCUGCUCAGACAGCUGUGAGCCUGGCCCCAGCAGCAGCAGCAGCAGCAGCAGUCCUCCUGAGGCCCAGCCAUUCGUCCUGCCCCUGGGGGUUAUGGCUCGUAACGAAGUGUACCCUCGCACCUGCAGGAAAUGCUUCUAUGGGACAGGCCUGAUCGCUGGGCAUGGCUUCACAAGUCCAGAGCGCACCCCGGGGCUUUUUGUGCUGUUUGAUGAGGACCGUUUUGGUUUCAUCUGGCUGGAGUUGAAGUCUUUCAGUCUGUACAGUCGCCUGACGGACCAUCUAGCCCACGCUCACGCCCCAAACAUGGAGCGAUUUGAGGCCAUGCUGCGCAACAUGCAGUCCUGGACAUCCUGAUGCACCAAGCUUUAAGUCUCCUUCCACAAUACAAUGCAUAACAAAAACCAUUACACACGAAUCACCUCUGUCCUCCGCCGGCAACAAUAGUAUCAUGAUAGAUCAUGACCUUAACUCUUGAGGGUUCUGUCUGUAUGUGUUUCACAAACAUUGGGUUUUACUGUCUAAUUAAGCUAGCUAUAUCACCCUGACCUAGCACUCCCGCACUCCUGUUCCCAGACAAGCACUUUUAAAAGGUCUCAUGAGGCAAUGUUUAUCACCUCACCUCUGUAGAACCUUAAUCCUCCAGUGCAGCAUGAUAACAAGUCGCAAGUUCUUAAUUUAUUUAUUUAUUACCCGCAGGAGAAAAAGGUAUGAUAUUUCAUACCGCUUAUUAUGGAUCAAACUGUAUGUGCCUCUGAUUCGAAAACCAUGUCUGUACUCGGUAGUGCUUGAAGAAGGUGUCCAAUGUAUUCUGCUAUAUAGUAUUAUAAUAAUGUCAGUGCCCAACAUAUUAUAACUGCAUGCUGCGUUUUAUUUAGAUCUUAUCAUACGAUACACUCAUAAUCAUUAUCUGAUCAUGAUGUUUUUCUUUCAUGAAGCAGCAUGCCUUACUUUUUAUUUUCUAUUAAUUUAUUAUUAUUAUUACUAUUAUUAUUAUUAUUUUUGCUUUUGAGACAUCAGAAUUUAGAAAAAUACAGCAUCUCAGGUGUUUUUCUCUUUGCCACAAGUCAGUUAAAACCAGGACGAAAGUAUUUAUGUGUAUAACAAAAAUGUAUGACGUUACAUUCAUUUUUUUAAUUUGUCCAAUAGAAAUACUGAGUGGGUUUUACAACCGGGCAAUUUUCUAAACAUUGGCGAGAGACGACUUGCUGUCUUAUCAUGCACCGUAGCUUCAUAAGCCAGUGUUAGGCAGACUGAUAUGUUUUUGUCCUUUGAACUUUAGCGAUAUCUUUUUCAGUGAUAUGCUUUGGCUCAUGGUCUUACAUCAAACAUACUUUUAAUCUCACAACACCACCACAAAAUAUUAUGUAAGUUGGAAAGAUGUAUUGCAAUAGAAUAGCAUAAUCUAUACAUAAACUGGAUUUAAUCAAAGUAUCAAAAUUAUACAGUUUAUGUGCUUAUAUAAUUAUGGUCUGAAACAGAAACUUGUCUUACCUUUGAAAUGUAUUGCAUUUGUUGUGUUUAAAUGGCUGUCACAGUGUUUGCCUGGCUUCAUGCCUGCAAAGUUAUUCCCUCCACUUUUCCAAUUUAUUUCAAACCUGAGACCAGGCUUGCUGAACAUUACACAAACUAACAGCUCAAAGUGCAUCUCCAAGUACCAAGUAAGUGUCUGUAUGUCUCAUUAUGGCCUGAUGGUGAUGCCCAGUAGCUUUCUUACUCCAAGUGCACUUGUCUGGGCAAAAUAGUGAAUCAUUCAAAACCACUGGCCAGCACUUUUAUAUCAGACUGCAGCUUUACUAAAAAUUGCAAAAAAAAAAAAAAAAAA